UAAAGAAGAAAGAGAAAAAUGAAGAAAUAAACAAGGAAAAGAAGAAAAAAACUAAUAAAUUGACUUUUUUAAAAUUUUGUGUCUUUUUGGGAAAAUUUUGAACCAAUUUUUGAAGUUUUGUGGAAAAGUGGAACAGUGGAACGGAACUGUGUGGAAGAAUGUGGAUGUGGUUAUAACUCCUCCUCCUCCUCCUCCUCCUCCUCCUCCUCCUCCUCCUCCUCCUCCUCCAAGAUUAAAAUGACUAGAAGCAGUGUAUUUGUUGUAUGGGUGGUGCUGCUGCUGGCGGGUUCAAGAGGGGUACGUGGUGUUCCCCUACGCGGCCACAGUGGAGUAAUCUUUGGCACAGAGUUUCUACGCAUCCUCGACGACCAUGCAGGUGGUGGUGGCUACGACGAGGGCCUGGAACAUCCCGCACGCCCCCUGGCAAGAGACGAAGGGCGUGGGGAACCUGCAGACACGAACAAUGAUAGGUUAAGUUUAAGUUCGUCAUCUGUGUUGGUAGAAUCUGGGGGUGGUGAUGGUGGCGAGCCUGUGUUAUCCUCUAGGGUAAGUUCCAGGGGCUCUCGUAGGUUGGGUUCUAGUAGUAGUGGUUCUUCUCAGCCUCCUGGUUCUUCUUCCUCUGGUUCUGGUUCCGUGGCAGCGUCUGUGUCUGGCGUGGAAGGCGUAAACAGGGUCGGGGUGAGGAGCCAAGGCAAGGUGGAGUCUGCUCCAGCCUUCUCGUUCCUCAGUGAGUUCUCGGAGGCGCUCAACAGUUCCACCUUCACCGAGGACGACUAUAAGUACUUGACGGACUACUACUACUUCGACCUGUAUGCUGAAGACCCUGUCACCACCACUAUCCCUGCCCCCACCAUCAGACGCGGUGAGAGGACCCGCCUGCUGCAUCCCGCCUCCACCACCACCACGGAGGCACCACCGCCACCUCGAUCCACUACCCCCACCACCACCACAGAGAAACCUCCAACAACAACAACAAUAACAACAACCACCACCACCACCACCACCACCACAGAGCCUCCAUCCACGACUACAUCCACCACCACCGAGCCUCCAUCCACCACCACAGAGCCUCCAUCCACCACUACAACCACCACACCAGCACCUCCCUCCACCACCAUAAAGUCUCCUUCUACCACCACCACUACAACAGGGUCACCACCUAGGAUAUCGGCGGCUGCCUCUCCCCGCGCCUUUCGCUACACCACCACGCGCCCGAAGUCAGGCGGCAAGAGCGGAAGCAGGGCGCGGCGGCCCGCCAGCCCCGCCCGCCUGGCCAACAAAGUGGGGGACGCCCGCAGCCGCUCCUCCGCCUCCUCCGUGGUGGUGGAGGUGAGGGUGGAGUCCCCUACCACUAUUGCGCCCUCCACUACCGCCGCCGCCGCACCUCGGCACCGAGGUCGCAGUGCUCGUCCUGUGCAGGCCGCCGAGGAGAGAGGCACCGCCAGCCACCUGCUGACCCAUCCCCUGGUGGUGCAGACCGCCACCGACCACAGGGGUACCGUUGCUCCCCGCUCCGCUGUCACCACUGAUGUGCCGCCCACCACCACCACCACCACCACCACAGCUGCUACUACCACCACCACAGCUGCUACCACCACCACUACCACCACAGCGGCGGCAUCUGUGGGAGGCGAGGCCGAGGCGGUGGAGCAGAGCGUAGUGGCGUCAGUGACACGCUCCGAAGCCCAGAACAGCGCCCCUCAGCAGCUCCCUGUCGGGUUCCCCGAGGCCCAGCAGGGGAUGGCGCCUCAGGGCUUGGCGCCCUUUGGGCACGCUCCCGAGGGUUGGGCUCCUUUCGGCACAGCCCCCGAGGGCGUUGCACCGCAGGGCGUCUUGCCCGGAGGCGCACACCCCGAGGGCGUGGCCCCGGAGGGCGGUGUGGGGCUGCGGCUGGUGGACGCCAGCGUGGCGGCGGGGGGCGCGGCGGCCAACAGCACGGUGGGGUACGUGGUGGAGAGUCACAACGUGCGGCGGUUCCGCCACGAAGAGCGCACCCCUGAGGGCCUCAUCAUCGGCGAGUAUGGUGAGGUGGACCACCAGACCGGCGACGUGAACGGCGUGCGCUACGUGGCGGACAGCACGGCAGACCCGCGCCUCAUCUACGACUCACUCAUGACCUUCCUGCAGCUGUGAGGCGCCCCGGGUGUGCCGCACCACCCUCCACCGCCGCCACUCAUGCUGGCUCCAUUAUUUAUUCUCCGGGAAUAUUUAUGCCGCACAUCAACCCACGCCCAUACCCGCCCCCACGCCCACACCCACGUCCCUGGAGUGUUCUGCCAGCCAAUGUUUGCUUGUCCAGCACCGGGUCGGGCCGCGACGCCCUGCGCUGCGCCGCGCCCUUCGGUCAAGUCUUAUCUGUGAUGGUUAUCUUGUGAUGCUCACUCUGUGCCUGCACACACACACACACACACACACACACACACACACACACACCUUGCCCCACAGCAAAAAAUACCCAAUGUUGCAAUCACUUACGCAGGUGUGUGUGUGUGUGUAUGUGUGUGUGUGUGUGUGGGCACAGGGUGACCUGUUAAGUCCUAAAACACACAAACACACACACAAAAAAAAAAGAUGCAUAAAGGAAAAAAAAAAAUCAAACAUCAUCAAUGGAAGUCCUGUAGCCGCCAUUUGCUCAACAGUAGAAGUGACCCCGCCCCCCUCACACACACACACACACACAAACCUAUUUUGUGUGUGUGUUGCCAUGUUCCUGAUUUGUCUGUAGUGAAGCCUUUAGUGGGUGUUUUCACCUCCACAAGUAUUCUCUGUAGACUGUUACUAUUGUUAUUGCUAUUGUUAUUAUUACUAUUGUAUUUAUAAAGGAUUUUUUUUAUUAUAAUUCAUUAUUUUCUAUUAUAUAACAAUUUCUCAUGUUCUGUAUGUUGUAUUUUGUAUUUUUAUUUAUAUUUUUGGUUAUUUUCCUUAUGAAUGAUUUAAAACACAUUUCUUUCACUUCUAAACAGAGUAAGGCCAUCAAACAACAAUAACAAUAGUAUCAAUAAUAAUAGUAAUAAUAAUAAUCCUAACAUUGAACUGUCCACUCCCCCCCCUGCCCUGCUCCCCUAAAUGAAUCCAUGUUGUAGUUUAUUUUAGUGGCAUUUCUUCAUUGUUCAUCUUCUCCACCUGUUGUUUACCUUGUAGCCAGUAAGUCUUUGGGUUUCUGUUACUCUGUCUGUAUUUUUGUCAGUCAAGAAAAGAAAUACAGCUCUUGAGAAUCCC